CUGGAAGUCUUGCUUGAUGUGGACCACGGAACAGAAAGAUGUUACCUUCUUCCGCCAAUCGUGGAAUCAAGACCUAUGGAGAGGACUUGAUUAUAAUCGACAUCGGUGAUCAGGUUGUUUAUCCGAUAGAAGUGAUUAAUCUUCCAACGACUUCGUCGUAGCUAUUAACGGUGGAACAUUGAACGACGUCUUUAGAAUUGAUUACGGCUUGGGAGUGCUGUAUUUCGGACCUUAUGGCAAAUUAGCAAAUGGCUUUAGGCAGGUGAAUUGAGGAUGGAGUUGACCACAAGACGAACGUGACAUUUAAUCCCCGUGAACAAUGCUAGCAGCAGCGGAAAAUGCGUCUUUCCACAUUUGGUAGGAGACUACUAUUGCCCUCCGGAGAUGUCCAUACACGUCAGCAGCUCUCUAGACAACGACAGCAUUCAUACAGGAACACUCCAUCCACCACAAGUUUAGAUUCUUAAAAUAGCCAUGCAUUUGAAAUCAAGGAAACAGUGGACAACCGUCCUGUUUGGUGUCAUUCUCGGAUUCACCGCGUGUUCUUGGUUGAUUUUACCCCAAGUUCUAGAGAGUAAACGUAAUGAAUCUCCCCAGUGUUCGUGGAAAAGUGAGUCUGCAGUCGGAAAAAUAUCAGGAAACCUUGCGGACACUGCGGCCGUCGACGACCAGGGCAGUCAUGUUUUCAAAAAGAAAGAGAACAGACCAUACAGUCGGACGAACAGUAGUGCAGACAAUGGGAGGCCCUUGAGCCGACCUAACCAGUUCCUCUUUGUGGGCGUGAUGACAGCGAAAAAGUAUCUGGCUUCUCGUGCCGUGGCAGCGUUCAAUACCUGGGCGCAUUCAAUUCCUGGAAAAGUGGAGUUCUUCUCUAGUGCUGGCUCCAACAAUGUGGACGUCCCUGUUCCUAUACCGGUGGUUUCACUUCCAGGCGUGGAUGAUUCUUAUCCUCCACAGAAGAAAUCAUUUAUGAUGCUGAAAUAUAUCUACGAUCAUUAUCUGGAUAAAUAUCAGUGGUUCAUGCGAGCAGAUGAUGAUGUAUAUAUAAGAGGUGAGAAGCUGGAGUUGUUUCUGCGUUCUUUGAAUAGCAGUAAGCCUCUUUAUCUUGGCCAGACUGGCCUUGGGAUGGCAGAGGAAUUGGGCAAACUAGCGCUUGAACCUGGGGAAAACUUCUGCAUGGGCGGACCUGGGAUGAUCUUCAGCAGGGAGGUUCUACGCAGGAUGAUACCGCACAUUGGUACUUGUCUCAGGGAGCUGUACACAACCCAUGAAGAUGUGGAAGUGGGCCGGUGUGUACGACGCUUUGGAGGGACACAGUGUGUGUGGUCCUAUGAGAUGCAGCAAUUGUUCUAUGAGAAUUAUGAACACAAGAAAGGUUUCAUCGAUGAGCUCCACAGUAGCAAGAUCCACAAUGCCAUUACACUCCAUCCCAACAAAUGGCCUGCUUACCAGUACAGGCUCCAUAACUACAUGUUGACCCGCGAGAUCUCAAGACUUCGCUACCACACCAUUCUGCUUCAUCGGGAAGGCCUGACUAUGACUCACCUCAGUGACACAGAAAUGUUGUGGGAGGACCAACAGCUGGGAGGACCACCGUCUUACAUGCGCUAUCUGCCCAGUGACCGAAGUGAUGUUAUUGAGUGGGAGUUCCUCACAGGCCGCCAUAUUUAUUCGGCUGUUGAAAACAAGAUGCCCCGCCAAAACCUUGGAAACGCUCUUCGAACUGCACUGGAUGAUAUUGUACUCCAGGUCAUGGAAAUGAUUAAUGAAAAUUCAAAAACUCGUGGCCGUGUCAUAGAUUUCAAAGAAAUUCAAUAUGGCUACUACAGAGUGGAUCCAAUGCAUGGGGCUGAAUACAUCUUAGACUUACUGCUUCUGUACAAAAAACAUAAGGGACGGAAAAUAACUGUUCCUGUGAGGCGUCACGCAUACCUUCAGCAAUCUUUUAGUCGACCGUUCUUUCAUGAAACUGAGGUGUUAAAUGUGGCGGACCUUGUGACUGCUAUCAACUCUGAAUCCCAGUCCUUGUCUUUUCUACCCAACUCUCUGAAGUUCUUGUCUCGUUUCCAGUUCUAUGAGUCAACCAGGGAGAUAUGGGAGAAAAGCCAAAGGAAAGUUAACAUUCUCGUCCCCUUGUCAGGUCGUUAUGACACUUUUGUCCGUUUUAUGGAGAACUUUGAAAAAGUGUGUUUGAUACCAAAGCAAAAUGUUAAACUCUCGGUGAUCCUGGUGGACAACGAGAGCAAUGAUAACAAAGAAAAACAUGCUCACUUAAUCAAAAAUUACCACAAGAAAUAUCCCAAAGCGGAUCUGUCAGUCAUUCCCAUGACUGGGAAUUUUUCCCGAGGGUUUGCGCUAGAGCUUGGCUCCUCACUGUCAGAUAAUGACACCCUACUCUUCUUUUGCGAUGUUGAUCUUAUCUUUAAUGCAGAUGCCUUGCAGCGCUGCAGAGAUAACACUGUUCAAGGGAGCCAGGUCUAUUUUCCCAUCAUAUUUAGCCAGUAUGACCCUGAGAUAGUGUAUGCUGAAAAGGCCCUGAGAGAAAACAGUUUUGUUCUAACCAAGAAAAGUGGCUUUUGGCGUGCGUACGGCUUUGGAAUAGCCUGUAUUGUGAAGAGUGAUUUGUUAAAAGCUGGUGGAUUUGACACUUCCAUUCUUGGUUGGGGUUUAGAAGAUGUAGACCUUUUCACAAAGGUUAUUAACUCUGGUUUAAAAGUGUUGCGAAGUCAGGAGCCGGGAAUAAUACAUAUUUAUCAUCCUGUCCAUUGCAACUCAAGUCUUGAUCAAAAGCAACUCAAAAUGUGCCUUGGGUCAAAAGCAAGCACUUAUGCUUCAACAAUGCAGUUAGCAGAGCUGUGGAUGGAGAAACACAUGACAGUGUAUAAUAAAACUUUGUCCUGACAUUCCUGUCUGCGUAUACCCCCACCAUACAAGUUGACCUCUUUUCGAGAACACAAUCAGCAAUGGACAAUACUGUAUAUUGUAUGUGUUGCUUUUGGUUUUGGAGCUAUUCUCUGCACAAUGAUUCCAAAGAAUCUAGGACUAUUUUCUUCAAAGCGAAAUUAAAAUGUGCAGACCUGUUGCAGUUGCGAGCAGCAAGUACGUAAUACAAUAUGUAAAAGGAAGUUGGACUUUUAAAUUCAAUGUAAUUUGAGACUCAUUCCAAUUGAACAUUAAUUUGUGCAUUAAACUGUACAGUUGGAAUCUA